GCAGCCUGGAGGGAAGCAGCGUGCCACGUUGUCCUGCCUACCCAGACAGAGUUUGUGCAUCUUGUGUCUGCACGGGAAUACCACAGAAAGGACCACCCACCAUGUCGGCAGUUACGGAGGUUCAGAACAACACAACCGAGGCCCUGGCCGCCCUGCUAGACGGGGGUGAAGACGCCCUGGUGACGCUGGUGGCGGGCGAGACGAGGGUGGCGGCUCACAGGGCCGUGUUGGCAGCUGCGAGCCCCGUGUUCGAAGCUAUGUUCGCGCACGACAUGCUGGAGGCCAGCAGCGGCCAGGUGAGCAUCGACGACGUGGAGGGCCCGGUGCUGAGGCUCCUGGUGGCCUACACGUAUACCCUGCGGGCCCCCCAGCUGCCUGACACGGCCCCCCAGCUGCUCUCGGCAGCCGACAAAUACGGCUUGUCGGCCCUGAAGUCUGCCUGCGAGCGGCAGCUGAUCUCGCAGUUGGCCGUCGAGACCGCAGCGGCGACGGCCGUCAGGGCAGUGAGGCACUCGUGCCCGGACGCCACCAGGGCUGCCGUCGCCUUCAUAAAGGACCACCUGCAGGUGAUGGCCACGCAGGGCUGGGCAGACGCUGUGCUCGAGUACCCGCAAGAAGUCAUUGAAGUCAGCAGAAUGCUCGGAGAGCCACCAGCAGAAGCCAGCUCGCCGACCGCCACAGGGGGCGGGCCCACCCCCAACUCUGACCGUCAACCUCGCAGCAGCCACAGCCGGACUCCUGCUGCAGCUGCGCCUCCCACGUCUGCCCGACACACCCCUCCACCUGAUGACGCAGCUGCCUCGCGCUUCCGACGUCUUACCCUUUCGUUCGCAUCACCGCUUUCCACAAUUUCUUGUCCACGCCAGUUCGGAAUGUUUGUGCAGGGGAUUGCUGCUGGUGAUAACUUCUUUCUUGGAGAGGGGGGCGACGCGGCUGCGGUGCGGCUGCUGCUCUCUGCGGCGUCCGACCCCAGCGCCAGGGAUCGGUGGGGGUGGACGCCGCUGCACUGGGCGGCACAGAAUGGCCACGAAGAAGCGGCGGCUGCGUUGCUGCAGGCCGGAGCCGACAGGGGGGCGAGGGCUGAUGACGACGGGGAGACCCCCCUGGACAUGGCCAGGCUGUGCAACCAUCAGCAGCUCGUCGAGAUGCUAACACAGCGUUAA